AUGUUGCUUAAGGAGUCAUUUCAUGACGUGAAGACGUCGUACGGUACAACUAUGCGCUUAUUCGUGUACCAUCCAGUGGUGCCGAACUACCCCCAAGCCAAAUUUCCAGGCGUCAUAGUGUAUUCUGAAAUCUACCAGGUCACGGGGCCUGUGGCCAGAUUUGCAAAGGACAUUGCAGGCCAAGGAUACGUGGUGGUGGCCCCAUCAAUUUACCACAACUUCGAGUCUCACGAGCCUUUGGCAUAUGAUGCCGAGGGUACCGACAAGGGCAACUUAUACAAGAUAGAAAAAGACUUGAAAUCGUACGACGAGGACAACAAACUAGCAGUCGAGUACUUGAGGCUGCUUCCCACCUGCACCGGCAGAAUUGGCGCUACCGGUAUGUGCUUGGGAGGUCACUUGGCAUUCCGGGCGGCCUUGGAUCCGGCCGUCAGUGCCGCCUUUUGUUUUUUCGCCACGGACAUUCACAACCACGCCUUAGGAAAGGGCCAGAAUGACGAUUCGUUGGCAAGAAGUAAGGAAAUUAAGGGCGAGUUGGUCAUGGUCUUUGGGGACAAGGAUAACCACGUGCCUUUGCCCGGUCGAGACUUGAUUCGGGCCACGCUCAGAGAAAACAACGUUGCGCUCACGUUCAUAGAGGUCAAUGAGGCCCAGCAUGCCUUUAUCAGGGAUGAAAACUCAAAGGACAGAUAUGACCCGGCCGUGACGCUGUUGUGUUUCAGCUGGCUUCUUGACUUGUUUCAUCGUAAGUUGACCUUGGAUUUGGGGGCUCAUGACGGAGAAGCUCUUGAGAUUGAAGACGUGUGCUAG